AGCCCCCAGCCCCCUAGUUUUUCUACAGUUGUGUACUAUGAUUGGCCAGCUGAAAGUCACCAGUUGUGACAUUGAUUCUCACGUGUGUGACCCACUUUUCACACACCAACACACUUUUACUCUGUGUUUUUUUGUGUGUUUGUGUCUUGUCUCCCCUCCCCCCUCAUGAAACCACCCCACCCCUACCACCCAACAUUGCUGGCUUGACCUCAUUUUUCUCACAGUAAAUGGAAUCAGAUUCCUUCUAUUCUUCCUUCUCUGUUCACUCUGUGUGUGUGUUUUCUUGAUUUGAUCAAUUGAUUGCUUGUUGUGGGUGAUGAUCAAUAAUCCCUUUGAUUCAUAUGACACUAGAUUCUUGAUUAUGAGUUUCAAGAUUGGAAAUUGAUGAGUUAAAGAAGGGAUAUUUGCCCCAAAGGUCAGAACUUUAACUUGGUAUGCUCUUAUAUUGAGAAAACAGAUUCUUGAGUAGGCUGAGUUGGAAAUUGAUGAGUUAAAGAUGGGAUUUUUGGCUUCUCAUAUAUUGUCCCAAAGGUCAAAACUUGAACUUGGUAUCCUCUGUAAACAGAUUCUUGAUUUGGGUUUUUGGCUGACUUGUAGUGGGAUCAAGAAAAUUUGUGUCUGGUAGAUUUAUCAUUUGCCAAUUUAUUAGAAAGGGUCUCUGGAUAUUCCAUUUUUGGUUGAUAAUCUGCUGUUGAAUUAGCUUAUGAAUAUCUUUCACCAGAUAUUGGCCUUUAGAUUCCUUGACGAGAGUCACUCGGAUAAUAUUGUGAUGCAGUUUGGUGUUUUAGUGUAUUUCUUGGAUUAUAGCAUUGUUGUCUAGGGGCCCUUUUGAAAUUGUUGUUGUAUUUGAGGGUAUGGAGUACCUUCCUGUUGAGGUGAUUGGGAACAUUUUGUCUCGGCUUGGAGCUGCGCGAGAUGUUGUAAUUGCAUCUUCUACUUGUCGGAAGUGGCGAGAGGCUUGGAGGAAUCAUCUUCAUACACUCACAUUUAACUCGAACGAUUGGCCAGUUUAUCAUGAGCUCACAAGGAGCAGACUUGAGAUAAUUGUAACUCAGACGAUUUUCCAGACUAAUGGACUGCGUUGCCUUUCAAUCAUCAUGGAUGAUGUUGAUGAGUUCUCUGCUGCUCCUGUGAUAGCUUGGCUAAUGUAUACCAGAGAAACGUUACGCCAGUUGCAUUACAAUGUCAGGACUACCCCGAACAUUAAUAUACUUGAAAAAUGUGGUCGUCAGAGGCUAGAAGUGUUGGCUCUUGCGCAUAAUACAAUCACGGGUGUUGAACCUAGUUACCAAAAGUUCCCUUGCUUGAGGUCUCUUUCACUAAGUUAUGUCAGUAUAUCAGCUUUAGAUCUGAGUCUUUUCCUCACAGCCUGCCCGAAAGUUGAGGCCUUGAAUCUUGUUAGUAUAGACAUUGUUAUGUCUGAUCCACAGGCAACAAUGGAGAUGACGAGUAACUCUUUGAAAGAUAUCUAUGUUGAAGCCAUUAGUUUGGAUAAAAUCAUUCUUGAAGCGGAUAGUCUUGAGAAGCUGCAUUUGAAAGAUUGUACACUUGAGGUCUUUGAGCUUGUCAGCAAGGGUUCGUUGAGACUCCUUAAGAUCGAUGAUGUUAGUGUCAUCCAUCUAGAUAUUGGCGAGAGUGCUGAAAAUCUCGAGAUUGUGGAUGUCAGUAAUUUCACAAUCAUGUGGUCCAAGUUCCAUCAUAUGAUAGCAAAAUCAUCAAAGCUGAGAAGACUGAGGCUAUGGCAAGUUGUAUUCGACGACGAUGAUGAAGCUGUAGAUAUCGAGACAAUUUCCGCUUGCUUUCCUCAAUUAACUCAUCUAUCAUUGAGCUAUGAACUAAGAGAGACAGCACUUCAUUACGGAUCACAAGAUUCUUUUCAAUUGGAAAACGUGGCCGUCUUGGAGCUCGGAUGGACGGUCAUUAGCGACCUGUUCUCGCAUUGGGUAGCAGGACUACUGGAAAGGUGCCCUAACCUGAGGAAGUUAGUUAUCUAUGGGGUCGUCUCAGAAACCAAAACACACGAAGAAUGCCAUACGUUAGCCAACUUCACAUCUUUUAUUGUAAGGCUUAUGAGGAAGUAUUCACAUGUAGAUGUUCAGUUUGAAUAUGAAUAGAUAUUGAACAAUUUUUCCCUGCAGUGGGAGUUCAAAAUAUUCUCACAUCUCGACUGGGCAACGAGGUACAUGAUCUUUAGUUGUAAUUGUCCUUUUCAUAUAUCGGUAUAAGAUUGUUCUUUAUGAUAAAUUUUGUCCUUCAUCAAGCAAACACAUCGUUUGCAUUUCUCCUGUCCUUGUUCUUACUAGUUCGUGCAUUGAUGCGCACCGCGUCUAUUGUUUCUAAUUUUCUUCAA